AUGCUUCUCCAGGGGCCAGAUACAACUGAUGAUUUUUUAGGUGUUCUUCUGUACUUUCGAAUAGAUCUGCCUGAGGUGUCGGCAGAUGCCGAAGAAGUGUUCAUGCAAAUCCAUGAUCAAGGGGCUCUGAGAUUUCUGUGGUUCUCCCAGAAUGAAUCAAUAAUAAUUGUUUGGUGUCAAUGUCUUUCGCCACUGAUGCAGAGUUUUGUGCAUGAAACAACCGAGGUACUUUCAAAAUGGGGCUUCCACCUCCAUGAGUGGGUGGAUAAUAUUCGCGAUGUACUGCAACGUCUCCCGCCAUCUGGACGAAUGAUGUUCGAAGUGUAG